UGUAGGAGGGUCCGUAUGUGAUAGGUCCAUUCAAAUCUUUGAGGGAAAAUAAAUUUCACCAUGGCUCCUGCACUCCACAACUACCUGUUUAUUCAGCUAAUAGUCCUCCCUGAAGGGCUCUCUCAGUUGGUAAGAACACAGCAGGUUGUCACAGCAACCCUGGGAGAAGAUGCAGUCUUAACCUGUGAGCUCAUGACACUCAAAGACGUGCGGCAAGUCACCUGGCAACAAGUGACAACUGGGGCGAAUGAAAAUGUGGCCACCUACAGCAAACGCGGUUCCCAUGUCAACCCACCUUUUCAGAGGAAAGUGGAGUUUGAAGACGAGGGUCUGCAGAACUGCUCUAUCGUCAUCAGAGGAGUGUCAAGAGGAGACGAGUCCUGCUACAAGUGUCUGUUUAACACCUAUCCAGAGGGAGCUAUCAGUGGAACCACCUGCCUCAAAGUCAAUGAGCUGUAUGGACCCUCACUCCUCAUCACACAAACCAACAACAGUCACACCACUCUGUCCUGUUCUGCUACUGGACGGCCUGUUCCUACAGUAACCUGGGAUGACACAGAAAUUCUAGAAGAUUCCACAAUGGCCAAUGUCACCCAUCUCAAUGGAACUGUCACGGUCACCAUAACUUCUACGCUGGCAGCAUUCAGUCUACCUGACAAAGACACCAGGGUUGGCUGUAUGGUGUCACUGUUCUCUGGAGGUGUCACCAAAAACGUAUCCAUGGUUAUUCCAGCUAGAACUCAAGCUUCAUUUCCUGGUGUACCUGAGGUCUCUGAUGGUGACAGGAUCAGAGGGAUUGGUGCAGUGAUGAGUUCACUGUGUCUCAUUGCUGUGUGCUGUGGAACUGUGGCACUGUGGCGCAAACUGAGAAAUACAACAAGAAGCCAAUGACAGAGAACAGGAAGAACCACCAACACUCAACCCUCAACAUGAUGACCCUGAAACAAGUAAACAGUGUUUGUACUUACUGUAGGUAAUAGAUUAGAAAACAUUGAAUUGCUUUUCAGUAUCAAAUAUCCUCCCUGGAGAAUAUGUGAGUGUAAAUACCCACAAAGCCGUUAUAUCAGUACACUACUACAACAUGAUCUGACUCUGGUCAGUAUCAUUGAUGUUAAUAUCUUUCAGGACCACAACAAUAUCCAGUACAUUCUAAAUGUGUUAGUACAACCUUAUUGGAUCAUCCUGGUAGAGUGGUAGUCAUGGUGACCGCAUACAUGCAAAUGAGUUUCAUUUGUUGCAUUGCUGCAUUGUUGUUCCAGUAUGUUAUUUGUAUUUUGUAUUUAUAAGGGAACCCCAUUAGCUGCUGCUCUUCCUGGGUCCAAACAUAUUACAGUACUUACAUUACAUAUAAAACAGUACAUCAUAUAACAUUAUUACACCACUACAUCUCUACGAUACAACAAGUUUAAUACCACCAAUCAACAAUAUCACAAUGUUUACAUAUGCAUGUGUCUGUACCUCUGUAUGUGUCUUCACAGUCCCCGUUGUUCCAUAUAAGGUGUAUUUUUACCCGUUUAAAAAAAAUCUGAUUCUACUGCUUGUAUUACAUGAUGUGGAAUAGAGU